GCUGCGCUCCGCUUAGACGCUUAGACAGAAGCUGCAAGCACCGCGCCCGGGCACUGCCAGCUUCGGAGAGGCGCCGCCCGCAAGGACACCUCUCCGUCUCGCCUCGUCCGCAACUCCCCGGCCCUCGGAGAGCUCGUCUGGAACCAGGAGUCCAGACGUCGCUGCGCGCAGAGCGUCCCCGCUGCCCCAGCUCCGACCCAACUCCAUCUGGGACCUGAGACUCUAGACGCCGGAUUCUCAGUUACUUGUCACCUCGGGGCUGCGCCUGUCCUCCCAGCUAGCCUUCUCGUUGUCCUCCACCGCUCAGGACGGGGGUGCCAAGAUGCCCCGCUGCUGCGCAGGGCCCCGGGCCGCCCCCGACGUGUGACCCCAGCCUGGUCCCCCUGCUCGGCCGUCCGCCCUCUCCUUGGAGACCCCCGGCCCGGCCCCCGGGGGAAGAGGAAGAAGACGACGAGGCCGAGGGGGGGAUGUCCGGCUCCAAAAGCGUGAGCCCCCCGGGCUACGCGGCGCAGACAGCGACGCCGGCACCCCGGGGAGGCCCCGAGCAUCGCUCCGCGUGGGGAGAAGCCGAUUCCCGCGCCAAUGGCUACCCCCACGCCCCGGGGGGUUCGGCCCGCGGCUCCACCAAGAAACCCGGGGGGGCGGUGACCCCGCAGCAGCAGCAGCGCCUGGCCAGCCGCUGGCGCGACGACGAUGACGAGCCUCCGCUGAGUGGCGACGACCCCCUGGCCGGGGGCUUCGGCUUCAGCUUCCGUUCCAAGUCGGCUUGGCAGGAGCGCGGCGGCGACGACUGCGGUCGCGGCAGCCGGCGACAGCGAAGGGGUGCGGCUGGAGGGGGCAGCACACGGGCGCCCCCUGCGGGUGGCGGCGGCAGCUCCGCGGCCGCGGCGGCUGCAGCGGGUGGGACAGAAGUGCGUCCACGAUCUGUGGAGCUGGGCCUGGAGGAGCGGCGGGGCAAGGGCCGCACAGCCGACGAACUGGAGCCGGGUGCCGUCGAGGACGGCGAAGGGUCCGGGGAUGGCGGCAGCUCCGUGGGGUCAGGUUCUGGGCCCGGCGCGGUGCUGUCGUUGGGCGCCUGCUGCAUGGCCUUGCUGCAGAUAUUCCGCUCUAAGAAGUUCCCGUCGGACAAACUGGAGCGGCUGUACCAGCGCUACUUCUUCCGCCUGAACCAGAGCAGCCUCACCAUGCUCAUGGCCGUGCUGGUACUCGUGUGCCUGGUCAUGCUGGCUUUCCACGCAGCGCGGCCCCCGCUCCAGCUACCCUACCUGGCCGUGCUGGCGGUCGCCGUGGGCGUGAUCCUCGUCAUGGCCGUGCUCUGCAACCGUGCAGCCUUCCACCAGGACCACAUGGGCCUGGCCUGCUAUGCGCUCAUCGCAGUGGUGCUGGCCGUCCAGGUGGUAGGCCUGUUGCUGCCACAGCCACGCAGCGCCUCUGAGGGCAUAUGGUGGACCGUGUUCUUCAUCUAUACCAUCUAUACACUGCUGCCUGUGCGCAUGCGGGCCGCCGUGCUCAGCGGGGUGCUCCUGUCUGCCCUCCACCUGGCCAUCGCUCUGCGCACCAACGCCCAGGACCAGUUCCUGCUAAAGCAGCUUGUCUCCAAUGUCCUCAUCUUCUCCUGUACCAACAUCGUAGGUGUCUGCACCCACUACCCAGCUGAAGUCUCCCAGAGACAGGCCUUCCAGGAGACCCGGGAGUGCAUCCAGGCUCGGCUCCACUCACAGCGGGAGAACCAGCAACAGGAGCGUCUCCUGCUGUCUGUCCUUCCCCGUCAUGUUGCCAUGGAGAUGAAAGCAGACAUCAAUGCCAAGCAGGAGGAUAUGAUGUUCCACAAGAUUUACAUCCAGAAACAUGACAAUGUGAGCAUCCUGUUUGCUGACAUCGAAGGCUUCACCAGCCUGGCAUCCCAGUGUACUGCCCAGGAACUUGUCAUGACCCUCAAUGAGCUCUUCGCCCGCUUUGACAAGUUGGCUGCGGAGAAUCACUGUUUACGGAUUAAGAUCCUGGGGGAUUGUUACUACUGCGUUUCGGGGCUGCCUGAAGCCAGGGCCGACCAUGCCCACUGCUGCGUAGAGAUGGGCAUGGACAUGAUCGAGGCCAUCUCGUUGGUCCGGGAGGUGACAGGGGUGAACGUGAACAUGCGAGUGGGAAUUCACAGCGGGAGAGUACACUGCGGUGUCCUUGGUCUCAGGAAGUGGCAGUUCGACGUCUGGUCUAAUGAUGUCACGCUGGCCAACCACAUGGAGGCUGGUGGCAAGGCAGGACGCAUACACAUCACCAAGGCCACACUCAACUACCUGAACGGGGACUAUGAGGUGGAGCCAGGCUGCGGCGGCGAGCGCAAUGCCUACCUCAAGGAGCACAGCAUCGAGACCUUCCUCAUCCUGCGCUGCACCCAGAAGCGGAAAGAAGAGAAAGCCAUGAUUGCCAAGAUGAACCGCCAGAGAACCAACUCCAUCGGGCACAACCCACCCCACUGGGGAGCCGAGCGCCCCUUCUACAACCACUUGGGUGGCAACCAGGUGUCCAAGGAGAUGAAGAGGAUGGGCUUUGAAGACCCAAAGGACAAGAAUGCCCAGGAAAGUACAAACCCUGAGGAUGAAGUGGAUGAGUUUCUGGGCCGGGCCAUUGAUGCCAGGAGCAUUGACAGGCUGCGGUCUGAACAUGUCCGCAAGUUCCUCUUGACCUUCAGGGAGCCCGACUUAGAAAAGAAGUACUCCAAGCAGGUGGAUGACCGAUUUGGUGCCUAUGUGGCGUGUGCCUCACUCGUUUUCCUCUUCAUCUGCUUUGUCCAGAUCACCAUUGUGCCCCACUCCCUGUUCAUGCUGAGUUUCUACCUGUCCUGUUUCCUGCUGCUUGCCUUGGUGGUAUUCGUGUCUGUGAUCUACUCCUGUGUGAAGCUCUUUCCCAUUCCCCUGCAGACCCUCUCCAGGAAGAUUGUGCGGUCCAAGAUGAACAGCACCCUGGUCGGGGUGUUCACCAUCACCCUGGUGUUCCUUUCGGCUUUUGUCAACAUGUUCAUGUGCAAUUCCAAGAACCUGGUAGGCUGCCUGGCAGAGGAACACAACAUCACGAUGAGAGAGGUCAACGCGUGCCAUGUAGUGGAGUCGGCCUUCAACUACAGCCUGGGUGAUGAACAGGGCUUCUGCAGCAGCCCCCGGCCCAACUGCAACUUCCCGGAGUACUUCACCUACAGCGUGCUGCUCAGUCUGCUGGCCUGCUCCGUGUUCCUGCAGAUCAGCUGCAUCGGGAAGCUGGUGCUCAUGCUGGCCAUCGAGCUCAUCUAUGUACUCAUCGUCGAGGUGCCGGGCGUCACACUCUUUGACAAUGCUGACCUGCUGGUCACCGCCAACGCCAUAGACUUCAGCAACAAUGGGACCUCCCAGUGCCCUGAGCAUGCGACCAAGGUGGCACUGAAGGUGGUGACACCAAUCAUCAUCUCUGUCUUCGUGCUGGCCCUGUACCUGCAUGCUCAGCAGGUGGAGUCCACUGCUCGCCUGGACUUCCUCUGGAAACUGCAGGCCACGGAGGAGAAGGAAGAGAUGGAGGAGCUGCAGGCCUACAACCGGAGGCUGCUCCACAACAUCUUGCCCAAGGACGUGGCUGCCCACUUCUUGGCCCGUGAGCGGCGCAACGAUGAACUCUACUAUCAGUCUUGUGAGUGUGUGGCUGUCAUGUUUGCCUCUAUCGCCAACUUCUCCGAAUUCUAUGUGGAGCUGGAGGCCAACAAUGAGGGCGUCGAGUGCCUGCGGCUGCUCAACGAGAUCAUCGCUGACUUUGAUGAGAUCAUCAGCGAGGAUCGAUUCAGGCAGUUGGAAAAGAUCAAGACCAUCGGUAGCACCUACAUGGCUGCCUCUGGCCUCAAUGACUCCACCUAUGACAAGGCAGGCAAGACCCACAUCAAAGCCCUGGCUGACUUUGCUAUGAAACUGAUGGACCAAAUGAAGUACAUCAACGAGCACUCCUUCAACAACUUCCAGAUGAAGAUCGGGCUCAACAUUGGCCCUGUGGUGGCCGGGGUCAUUGGAGCUCGCAAGCCUCAGUACGAUAUCUGGGGCAAUACAGUGAAUGUGGCCAGCCGCAUGGAUAGCACUGGGGUGCCUGACCGCAUCCAGGUUACUACAGAUAUGUACCAGGUGCUGGCCGCCAACACAUACCAGCUGGAGUGCCGGGGUGUGGUCAAAGUCAAGGGCAAGGGUGAGAUGAUGACCUACUUCCUCAAUGGAGGGCCCCCCCUCAGUUAGCAGCUGCCACAGCAGUGCCAGCAGCCUGGCCUCCAGAGGAACGGACUGGCUUCUUUGUGCACCUUGGGCAUGUGGGGCUGCGCUCCAGCCUCACAGCCCCGCUGCUGAGAUUUCCACUUUGACUGAGAGGCAGCUUCUGCCUUUGCUGGCGGGCGUGGCUUCUGGUCCAGGCCCUGGGUGCCAGCAUCCUGAGCACCAAGCUGACCAAAGAUGUUUCCCUCGGCAGAAGAUUCGGCUAGACUCGCGUUGAGCCUUGAGUUUUCUGACAGGUGCUGCUGCUGCCUGUUGGAGGCACCCUUGGAGCCUUCAUCGGUGGCGUGGCAUGGCGCACAGCCUGAGCAGGCCUGAGGAGAGGCCUUGGCCACAAUGGAUAGGCAGCUCGAAGCUGGCCUGGGGAUGCCCAGGGACCUUAAUGGUCUGCUUUUCCAAGCAAGCCUUUAAAUUUCAGAGGCCACGCCCCCUGCUCCCUGGCGGUGCUUUGGGGCAGGAGCAUUGGUUUUGGAGAGGCUUGGCCUUUCCCAUCCUCUGCCCACACCUCCACACACACAGUACCCUGUGAGGGAAACAGGACUAUUGACAAGGGGGAGGCAGGAGGAUACCAAGCAAGGAGUGGGGGCUCUGAGCAAAAGAAAAUAUUUAUUAAAUAAAAUAAAACAAGUUUUCCGUGCCCUUCUUUAGACUAUGCUAGUUGUAUGCGUGUAAGAGACACAAGCAAACGAAGAUGCCACUGGGGAGGGAGGGCGGGGACCCCAACUUGUCUUUUUUGUAUUUUUUAUUCUGUAUUAUUGAAAACCUUGGAAAUCUAAGAGAGAUACCAAAUUCUAUAUUUUGUAAAUUCUCUAUAUUAGAAAACAGUUGUGCACAGCUGGGCAUUUCUGCUCAUCUGUAUUAUACGUAUGUCAGUGUGUGUACUGGUGUACAUGUGUAUCAUGCUGUGGAGCUGGUCCCCUGCAGGGUGCAUUCCCUUCAUUUCAGACUUGGCAGUUUUUGGUUUUCCUGGGCACAACCAGAGCAGGGUGUGUGUUCUUUUGGGGUAUGAUACAUUAGAUGAAGUAGGAAGACACAGGAACAUAGUACUCCUUCCUUCCUGACCCCUAUACACACACACAUCCCAUUUCCCAAGAAAAUAUACACAGAACAGGAAGUCAGAAGGCUCCUCUCCCAUCCCAGGCUGUGUCUAAAGCAAGGGAAGUAGCCUGCACCUGCCAGGGCUGUCGUCCCCCACCCCCCACACACACCUCCCUGCCCGGAGGUGUUAGUAUAAGGUUCUGACACAGAGAUGGCUUCUAAGGACUCCCAGGAGCACUGCAGUGGUGGGGGCUAGAAGAAGCCCAGCCUAUGUGGCCUGCUCAGCUGGCCCAGGUACAGGAAACUGUCCUUGGAGGUGACCUCUGUGACUUGGUGAUGCAAUAUGCAGGCCCCAUGUUUGAGGAAAUACCUUCCACCUGCAGAUACAGGAAUGGGAAGACCCCAACAUUGGAAUUCAUAGGGAAAAGCUAACAAAAUUUUUGCUUUGUCUAGUUUUGGUUUUGAUGGGAGGGGACAGUUAAGUAUGUCGAGGGUGAAAAUAUUAUUUUUAUAACUUCUGAGGGAUGCAUUUGGAAAAUGAUAUUCUACCACAGAGAUACACUUAAACAGCAUCUUAUGGUUUGUACCCAAAUCUUUUCAUUGCUUCUCAGGGCCGAAUUAUUCUCCCUUCCAACAAGAGCUUAAGGAUGAGGUGGCAGCUACGUGCCAACUGCUGAAGUGGUAGUUACUUUGAUGUCCCAUCCUUCCCUCCCCAUGCUCCACCUCCCACCCCAGUUUGAACACAGUCCCGAGAAGCGAGGUGUAUGGACCCAAAACUGCCAGGCCUGAGCCUGUCCUGCGCUGCUGCUGCUGCUCCACUCUUUGAGUUCCGCAUUGCCCCAGGCCUCUGGCACUGGGGCAGCCUCUCUCACGCAUUGUUCACAAGUUCCCCGCCCUCCACAUACCCCACCAAGGCUGGUGGGUUUUCAUUUGCUUUCAACCCCAGUACAGUGUGUGUGCUGAGUUUACGCUGUGUUCUCCCUGCUGGCCAAGGCCCCUCCCCAUCCCAGCAGUGACUGGUGACAGCGUGCAGUGCUAGCUCUUUGUUCCUUCUAAGGGAUGUGUGCACUCUUUUUACUCCUGCUCUUGCAAAAACGGAUACGAUUAUGAUUUCCCAUGGAAAUUGAAAAGUCUAUUUAAAUAAUUUAACUAUUAAACACUUUCACUGGUAA